AGCCCUUUCGGUCAGAAGUGUCUGCAAGACCUCACAGAAGGGACCCCUGGGCUCGCCUUGCCUGCCCCCUGCUCCUCCAGGGAUGGAGGCGAUGGCGGCCAGCACCUCCCUGCCUGACCCUGGCGACUUUGACCGGAAUGUGCCUCGAAUCUGUGGGGUGUGCGGAGACCGAGCCACGGGCUUUCACUUCAACGCGAUGACCUGUGAAGGCUGCAAAGGCUUCUUCAGACGCAGCAUGAAGCGGAAGGCGCUGUUCACCUGUCCCUUCAAUGGGGACUGCCGCAUCACCAAGGACAACCGCCGCCACUGCCAGGCCUGCCGGCUCAAGCGCUGCGUGGACAUCGGCAUGAUGAAGGAGUUCAUCCUGACCGAUGAGGAGGUGCAGCGGAAGCGGGAGAUGAUUCUGAAGAGGAAGGAGGAGGAGGCCUUGAAGGACAGUCUGCGGCCCAAGCUGUCGGAGGAGCAGCAGCGCAUCAUCACCAUCCUGCUGGACGCCCACCACAAGACCUACGACCCCACCUAUGCUGACUUCAGCCAGUUCCGGCCUCCGGUUCGAGGGCCUGAGGGUGGAGACAGCCAUCUGUCAAAGUCAUCCUUGAGACACAUGCCCAGUUUCUCUGGGGACUCAUCCUCCUCCUGCUCAGAUCAGUACACCGGCUCCCCAGACUUGAUGGAGCCGACCAACUUCUCCAACCUGGAUCUGAGCGAAGAAAACUCAGAUAGCUCUUCUGUGACCCUAGACCUGUCCCACCUCUCCAUGCUGCCCCACCUGGCUGACCUGGUCAGUUACAGCAUCCAAAAGGUCAUUGGCUUUGCCAAGAUGAUCCCAGGGUUCAGAGAUCUGACCGCUGAGGACCAGAUUGUGCUGCUGAAGUCAAGUGCCAUCGAAGUCAUCAUGUUACGCUCCAAUCAGUCCUUCACCAUGGACGACAUGUCCUGGACCUGUGGGGCCGAGGACUACAAGUACCGCAUCAGUGAUGUGACCAAAGCUGGACACAGCCUGGACCUGAUUGAGCCACUCAUCAAGUUCCAGGUCGGUUUAAAGAAACUGAACUUGCAUGAGGAAGAGCAUGUCCUGCUCAUGGCCAUCUGCAUUGUCUCCCCAGACCGUCCCGGAGUACAGGAUGCUGCACUGAUCGAGGCCAUCCAGGACCGCCUGUCCAACACACUGCAGACCUACAUCCGCUGCCGCCACCCACCCCCAGGCAGCCACCUGCUCUAUGCCAAGAUGAUUCAGAAGCUGGCUGACCUGCGUAGCCUCAACGAGGAGCACUCCAAGCAGUACCGCUGCCUCUCCUUCCAGCCCGAGUGCAGCAUGAAGCUCACACCUCUUGUGCUGGAGGUGUUUGGCAAUGAGAUCUCCUGACUACAGCACCCUGUGGUGGUGCCUGGGUGGGGCUGCUCCUCUAGGGCUGGGUGACCGGGCCGGGGGAUGGCUGCUGCCCAACAGCCCUUCCCACCCACUCUCCAGUAUAGCCCCUUUCCCCCUACCUUUUCUCCCUGCCCAACCUAACACCAGGUCCCCGAUAUCUACAGGCCACAGGCUGACCCCAGUCCCUGAAGACCUCAGUUAUGAGGAGUUGCUGUUUAUUUGACAGAGAGACUCAAGUCGGGGCAGAGGGCAAAGGCUGAAGGCAGGACCUCACCUGGGAAUGUCCCCACCAUUCCAGAAGUGGCUGCUGGCUGGUGCCCAGAGUUAGGAAAGGAAAAACAGGUGGGCAGGAAAAACACACCUAUUCCUCAGGGACAGAUACCCAUACCUCCCCCCUGAUUCAGGUCCACAUGUCCAGAGCCUAGUGGGGAUCUCCCUCCCCUGCACCACCAUGAUAAGGAACUGGCCACAACCCCCAUUUUAUCCCCACCUCACCCUGACACCAGUCUGUGCUGCUCUGUCUCAGGGCAGCAUGCCAUGAUGGGGCCUUCUCCCUCUGUUUCCCAUCCCUGGCCUGUCUAGGAUACUCACUGCCAAGAAUGACCAAAAACUGGGUGACUAAGGUCACAACUCCCCCCUCACCCAUCCCUGUUGGCCAAAGUGCACUUGCCUUUCCCUCAGAGCCCACUUUCAUCCCAUCCCCAUGGUAACGUUCUCCUUGGAAGUAGCUAUGGUGAGGGAGCUUUCUCCCUAUGGCUGGGCCACUGGCCCAAAACCCACCUGCUGGGAGAGCCAAGGAAGGAAGAAAGCAGGGCCCAGGUGGUGGGACACAGGCAAACCCUGCCUUACAGAAGAGUAGUGGGUGGUGGCCACAACUGUC